CGAGCGAAUGUGUGAGGGGAGGGAGGCGUCCCGGCCGAGCGUGGUACUACGACGAGCGCGGGCCGGAGGGGGCGGGGGGAUGCGCCGCGGCGGCGGCGGCGCGGGCGCUGGGGCUGGGGUUUGGCGGCGCCAGAGCAGCGGAUACCGGUCUCUCCGCGGCAGCGGCGCGGGUGUCGCGGACGGCCUGAAGACGCCGUAUCUUCCUGCCCGCCACCUUUUUUUUUUUUUUUUGAAUAACCGGAACCAAUGAACUCAGCGGGGACCCGAGCUCCGGAGGCCGCCGGUGCCGAGGGGACCAGGCUGGCGCCCGGCGGGAGCCCGCGUCUGAGGUGGCGGGGGCGGCCCGAGAAGUCGCCGGCGGCGGCGUCGCCUCGCGGAGCGGGCGAGUGGCUGGCGGCCCGGGCGCCGCUGCGCUUUCUCCCCGCUUCUCUUUCCCAUCUUCAUCCCGCUGCGACUCCCGGCCCGGCCGCGGGCUGGCUGCGGCGGCGGCGCUGGGCUGCGCUGCUGGUGCUCGGGCUGCUGGUGGCCGGAGCGGCGGACGGAUGCGAGCUGGUGCCGAGGCACCUCCGCGGGCGGCGGGCGGCCGGCUCCGCCGCGGCCGCCGCCGCCUCUUCCGCCGCGGUGGCAGGCGCUAGCCCGGCGCUCGUGACAGAUCCCUGCAUGUCACUGAGUCCACCAUGCUUUACAGAAGAAGAUAGAUUUAGUCUGGAAGCUCUUCAAACAAUACAUAAACAAAUGGAUGAUGACAAAGAUGGUGGAAUUGAAGUAGAUGAAAGUGAUGAAUUUAUUAGAGAAGAUAUGAAAUAUAAAGAUGCUACUAAUAAACACAGCCAUCUGCAUAGAGAAGAUAAGCAUAUAACUGUUGAGGAUUUAUGGAAACAAUGGAAAACAUCAGAAGUUCAUAAUUGGACCCUUGAGGACACCCUUCAGUGGUUGAUAGAAUUUGUUGAACUCCCUCAAUAUGAGAAGAAUUUUAGAGACAAUAAUGUCAAAGGAACAACACUUCCCAGGAUAGCAGUGCAUGAACCUUCAUUUAUGAACUUCCAGUUGAAAAUCAGUGACCGGAGUCACAGGCAAAAACUGCAGCUCAAGGCACUGGAUGUGGUUUUGUUUGGACCCGUAACACGCCCACCUCAUAACUGGAUGAAAGAUUUUAUCCUCACAGUUUCUAUAGUAAUUGGUGUUGGAGGGUGCUGGUUUGCUUAUACGCAGAAUAAGACAUCAAAAGAACAUGUCGCAAAAAUGAUGAAAGACUUAGAGAGUCUACAAACUGCAGAGCAAAGUCUAAUGGACUUACAAGAAAGGCUUGAAAAGGCACAGGAAGAAAACAGAAAUGUUGCUGUAGAAAAGCAAAAUCUAGAGCGCAAAAUGAUGGAUGAAAUCAAUUACGCAAAGGAGGAGGCUUGUCGGCUGAGAGAGCUGAGGGAGGGAGCUGAAUGUGAAUUGAGUAGACGUCAGUAUGCAGAGCAGGAGUUGGAACAGGUUCGCAUGGCUCUGAAAAAAGCUGAAAAAGAAUUUGAACUAAGAAGCAGCUGGUCUGUUCCAGAUGCACUUCAAAAAUGGCUCCAAUUAACACAUGAAGUAGAAGUACAGUAUUACAAUAUUAAAAGACAAAAUGCUGAAAUGCAGUUAGCUAUUGCUAAGGAUGAGGUUGCUGCUUCAUAUCUGAUUCAGGCAGAAAAAAUUAAAAAGAAGAGAAGUACAGUCUUUGGGACUCUGCAUGUUGCACAUAGCUCCUCCCUAGAUGAGGUAGACCACAAAAUUCUGGAAGCAAAGAAAGCUCUCUCUGAGUUGACGACUUGUUUACGAGAACGACUUUUUCGCUGGCAACAAAUUGAGAAGAUCUGUGGCUUUCAGAUAGCCCAUAACUCAGGCCUUCCUAGCCUGACCUCUUCCCUUUACUCUGAUCACAGCUGGGUGGUGAUGCCGAGAGUCUCUAUUCCCCCCUAUCCAAUUGCAGGCGGAGUUGAUGACUUAGAUGAAGAUACACCUCCAAUAGUGUCGCAAUUUCCCGGGACGGUGGCCAAACCUCCCGGCUCGUUAGCCAGAAGCAGCAGCUUGUGCCGCUCCCGCCGCAGCAUCGUGCCCGCCUCGCCGCAGGCCCCGCGCGCCCAGCCGCCGCCCGCUCACCCGGCGCACCCUCGCCACCCUCACCACCCCCAGCACGCGCAGCACUCGCUGCCUUCCCCCGACCCAGACAUCCUGUCCGUGUCCAGCUGCCCAGCGCUUUAUCGGAACGAAGAGGAGGAGGAGGCCAUUUACUUCUCUGCUGAGAAGCAAUGGGAAGUGCCAGACACAGCUUCAGAAUGUGACUCCUUAAAUUCUUCCAUUGGAAGGAAACAGUCUCCUCCUUCAAGUCUUGAGAUAUACCAAACAUUAUCUCCUCGAAAGAUAUCAAGAGAUGAGCUCUCCCUAGAGGAUUCCUCCAGAGGAGAUUCGCCCAUCACUGUGGAUGUCUCUCGGGGAUCUCCCGAUUGUGUAGGUCUGACAGAAACCAAGAGUAUGAUCUUCAGCCCUGCAAGCAAAGUGUACAACGGCAUCCUGGAGAAAUCCUGCAGUAUGAACCAGCUUUCCAGUGGCAUCCCGGUGCCCAAACCUCGCCACACGUCGUGUUCCUCAGCUGGCAAUGACAGUAAACCAGUUCAGGAGGCCCCAAAUGUUGCCAGGAUAAGCAGCAUCCCACAUGACCUUUGUCAUAAUGGAGAGAAAAGCAAAAAGCCAUCAAAAAUCAAAAGCCUUUUUAAGAAGAAAUCUAAGUGAACUGGCAGACUUGAUGGAAUCCCAUUCAAGUGGCAUCUGUAAACUUUUGUCUCCCUCCUUCCACUCUCUUUUUUUGUUUGUUUUAAUUUUAGGAAGGUAACUCCAUUGGGGCUUUCUGGACUGGAUGCCAUAGUGGAAUGUCCUUAAGGGCAACUGUCUACUGUCUGCUUAUUUAAAUGACUAUAUAAUCAAUACAUCAAGCCAGUUAUUACUGAAAAAUCAUUAAGAGAUGAGACAGUUUACAGUCAUUUCUGCCUAUUUAUUUCUGCUUUGUUAUUCGUGACAUAUAUACAACAUUUUGUUGGAAGCCACUAUGGACUUACGAGCUUUAAUGGACUAGUAAGCCAGCAUGGGCUUGCAAACUUUCUUGUUUACCAGAGCAUCUUCUUAUCUUUCCACAGAGCUAUUUACAUCCUGGACUAAAUAACUUAAGAGAAGUAAAACUAAUUGCACUACUGUUUUCCAGACUGGAAAAGAAAAUAUCUGCAAGUGAAAAUGUAUAGAGUUUAUAAAGUGACUAUGGAUAGGGGACUGUUUUCACUUUUAGAUCAAAAUGGGUUUUUAAGUAGAACCUAGGGUUUCUAAUUGACUUGAUUUCUGGAAAUGAAAACCCACGCUUUUAUUAUGGGAAGCUUCUUUAAAUGCAUUUAAUAUUGUAAAGUUUCAAGUCCUGCUGUAAAGACCAUGUUGUUUUGUUUUCCCCAGGGCUUUCACUGUGAUUUACUGCAUUGCAGGCUGUAUGAUAAAAUACAAAUAAUUUAAAGAGAGAGGGCUCUUGAUUCCUUAUGCAAGUGGAAGAGUUGAAACUUGAUUGAAGGACUUAAAACAUUCACAAGCGUAAACUGAGGUGGGGGAGAUAUGGGGAUUCAGGCACAUGUUUACAGACUUUGAAUAACUGCAAAGGAUUUAUGGUUUGUGAAAAUUUGUACUGUGGAAAAGAUAAUAAAUUGGAGACAUUACUGUGUGGGAUUGUGCUGAUUUUUGUUGAUAACACUCCACUAAAAACACUAUAUGUUUUUCUGGAGAGCUGUGUAAGCUGUCUUGUUGCUUAAUUGCAAUAUAAGAAAUAGUGAUGUUUUGGAAGUAAGUUGUCAACAAAUUUCUUUCUAUUUUAUAUUGUUUGUCAUAUUUUUAUGUAGUUUGAAAUGUUUAAAUGUUCUAAUAUCAAGAUUAACAAAUACAAAUUUAUGGUGCAUUUA